CCCCUCUCUCCCUGCCCCCCCUCCCCAAAACAAGAACAGGAGAAGAAGAAGAAGAAGAAGAAGGAGAAGGAGAAGCAGGAGAAGGAGAACAAGAGGAGUGUAUCCGCGCGCGGUAGGCUGCCGGUCCACCACACAGAGACGGAGAGGGGCGCACGUUACGCCGACGAGUCACCGUGGAUUUCCGCCACCGGGACCACUGCUGAGCGAGCGCGCCGCGGCCAUGGAAGAGCUCACGGCUUUCGUGUCGAAGUCCUUCGACCAGAAGACCAAGGAGAGCAGCAAGGAGAGUAUCACGUACCGGGAGGUGCUGGAGAGCGGCUUGACGCGGGCGAGGGAGCUGGGCAGCCCGGAGAGCAACCUGCAGGACAUAGCGGAGGGCGGCCACUGCCCGGCGCACCUCUUCAAGGACCACGUCGAGCUGGAGAAGGAGAAGCUCAAGGACUUUAGCGUGUCGCGGUCGAGCGAGGGGAUAUACGAGUGCAAGGAGAAAAAGGAGGACGUGAAGUCGGAGGACGAGGACGCGCAGGGCAAACUGAAGCAGCGCAGGAGUCGCACCAACUUCACCUUGGAGCAACUCAACGAGCUCGAGCGGCUCUUCGACGAGACGCACUACCCGGACGCGUUCAUGCGGGAGGAGCUGAGCCAGCGGCUCGGACUGUCCGAGGCCCGCGUGCAGGUCUGGUUUCAGAACAGAAGAGCAAAAUGUCGAAAACAAGAAAACCAGAUGCACAAAGACAUCUUUCCCUUCUCUCCAGGCGUAAUCCUGGGCAGCGGCAGCCACCUCGACGCCUGCAGAGUGGCACCUUACGUCAACAUGGGCGCUCUCCGCAUGCCCUUCCAACAGGUCCAAGCCCAGCUCCAGUUAGACGGAGUCGCCCACACCCACCCUCACCUGCACCCACACCUGGCGGCUCACGCCCCCUACCUGAUGUUCCCGCCCCCUCCCUUCGGACUACCCAUCGCGUCACUCGCCGACUCGGCCUCCGCGGCGGCGGCGGUGGCGGCGGCCGCCAAGAGCAACAGCAAGAACUCGAGCAUCGCCGACCUGCGACUCAAGGCAGGACUUCUGCGGGGCCAGUGGCUCAGUCCACUCCAGGCCCAGAUCACAUCCCAAGGACCGUACAAACACAUGUGGAUGUCUGUCUGAGGGGAUUCGGGCCGGGGCCCGUCAGACCAGAGGACGUUAGAACAAAGCAAACUGGCAGGGCAGCAGCAGGGCCCAAAAAGCGGCGGCGGGGCCUCGCCGACGCUGGCCCCCGCCGCCACGUUGACAAUGCAGAGGGUUGUGAGCAUGGGGGGAGGGAGGGGGGGGUGGGAUACAAACCCCAAAACACCACCUCGCCGAGGCAUUGGAGCGGCUCUCACCUUUUUUUUCGGCCCACCCUCUCUAGAAAAAUGAAGAAAACGAUUUUAAAAAAGGGCCCACAUGGGUCCCUGCCACUGUGUCCCCUGCUGCUGCCGAGUGCAUGAGCUCUGAUGGAGGAGCGUUCGGGGACUCGACAUAAAUGCUCGACGGCGGUUUUUAACACUGCCAUCCGACAUGCCCCCUCCCUCCCUCCCUCCCUCCCCCCCACACAUUCCCAAAACCUACAAAGUGAAAGGUCUCCAUCCCGCUGUGAUACUUCUUCUUCUUAUGGACUUGUGCUGAAACAAAAGCGCUGACUCUUGUUCCGUUUGGACGGGUUAUGCCGGGUCGCUCGGUCCGUCUCUCUCUCCCCCUUGGUUUCUUUCUGUUUGUUGUGUUGCAUCCUGGGUAAAGAAGUGAAAAUGGCCUUUGCACUUCACGUCUUGUACGUGCGUGUUUACAGAAGGCACUGCGAGCAGAUACUACUUUACUAAUUAAAGGGAGGAGGGGGGGGGGGGGGGGGUCUGGACAUGGCCUUGGAUAAAGGGUAUACAUGCGUUCCUUUUUUUUCUUUUUUUGGAAUUCUGAAAAUAUGAAGAAAGCAUCAGUCAAACUGAAAUGCAAGUGUGCAGUUUAAGUGCAAUACUGUAAAUAGCAAAAAAAAAAGAAGUAAAAACAGCUCGCAGUUAAUCCUCAACGACGAAGAGAUCCAAUGAUUUUUUUUCUGUUGGAGUGUUGAAUUUCUUUGCCAAAUACGCCUGUUUGUUUUCUACAGUUGUGUAUAUUUUAUCAAGUUUAUCAAGGAGAAAGUCACUCAUUGAUAGGUUUCCUCUCCUGUCAAGUAGUUUUGUACACAUCAAAACUAUCAGGUGCACAUAUUGUCUUUAUUGCCGAAAUUUGGGUUUUAAAUGAUUCAACUUGAAUUCUGUCCCUCUACUUUUGGAAAAAUAAAACCAACGAAGCAGCAUCGCAAUCACAACCGAGCAGUUGUUUACAAAUGAACUAGCUGAAUUCUGCAUGUUAUGUGGGACAUUUCAUUAUUUAUUUCCUAAUAAUUUAAACUGUAUUUUACAAAUUGCCCCAGACAAAACAGAACAUUCGGAUGGUUUUGUAUUGUUAAGACAACCUUUGAAAAGAUCCACGCACCUCUAAGAAACAGUCAACAGACCUCCAGUUACAAUCUUUAUCUACGUAUCCAUUUUAAAUUAAACAUAUGGGUGUUUUAUUUAUUAUUUUGUUAAGUUUAUGAAAGGUGAAACCGUUGAACCACAAGUGUACAUUUUGACAUGGCUUUGCGUUUUAUUUUUGUAUGUUUCUAUUUCUGAGUGUUGAAUUUGAAUUAGGAGGCGUGGCUGUAGUGCAUUGUUUGCCAAAAAAAAAAAGAAAAAAAAAGAAAUGUAGCGUGCCCGAGUUUACAAAGGUUUCAGGGAUGGUUGAAUUGAACAAUACUCAUAGAAUUCGUUGUACCCAUUAAAAUGACUCUCAUUUCAUAUGCAAGCAUGCCUACACAUGAAUCAUCGUACCGUUUGUUUUUCCCCUUUUUGAUUCGCAAAAUAUGAAUGUACAUCUUGUACAAGUAAACUAUCAAUAAAGUUACAAAUAUUUGUA